AUGAAGAUCAGCACACUCUGGAAGGCCCCUGAGGUCAACCCAAUCACACUAAAGGCUCGCAGCGUUCCGGUCCUGAACCCCUUCAACAAAUAUGGCCGCGUCUUUCUCUUCAGCUGGCUCGGUUUCAUGAUUGCCUUCUGGGCUUGGUACACAUUCCCUCCUCUUCUGACCGUCACCAUCCGCAAAGAUCUCGCCCUCACCCCGCAACAAGUCGCCAACUCGAACAUCGUCUCUUUGAGCUCAACUCUUCUCAUGCGUGUCAUCGCCGGCCCGGCAUGUGACAAGUUUGGUUCCCGCUGGGUCUUCGGCGGCAUGCUUCUCCUCGGCUCACUGCCCAUCGGCCUCGCCCCUCUCGUCAACAGCGCCAACGGUCUCUACGUCAGCCGCUUCUUCAUCGGUAUCCUUGGCGGCACUUUCGUUCCUUGCCAGGUCUGGUGCACCGGCUUCUUCGACAAGAACAUUGUCGGCACAGCCAACGCUCUCGCUGGAGGCUGGGGUAACGCUGGUGGCGGUGUUACCUACUUUGUCAUGCCCGCAGUCUUCGACGCCUUCGUCUCCCGCGGCUACAAGCCCGGUGUCGCUUGGCGACUGACCUUCAUCGUGCCCCUCAUUUGCAUCAUCACCUGCGGCAUUGCCCUCCUCCUCCUCUGCGACGACACCCCGACUGGCAAGUGGAGCGACCGCCAUCUUCACGUGCAGGAGAACCUCCAGGGUCACGGCAUCCAGGAGAAUGUCGUCACCGAUGUCGUGGAUGUCCCUGGUGGCAUUGCCGAUCGCCACAGCACGCCUUCGCCCACCGCCUUUGACUCGGAGAAGAACAGCACCAGCGACAACAAGAACUCGUCCAAGUUCGAGAACGAGGCGACCAUCUCCCGCGAUGAGAUGCUCGUGACCGCCCAGGGCGAGACCAUCCUCAAGCCGACCUUCAAGGACGGCCUCAAGGUCGCCAUCUCUCCCCAGACCAUCUUCCACAUGGCCACCUACGCCUGUUCCUUCGGUGGCGAGCUCGCCAUCAACUCGAUUCUCUCGUCGUACUACCUCAAGAACUUCCCCUCGCUCGGCCAGACAGGUGCCUCCAACUGGGCCGCCAUGUUCGGCUUCCUCAACGUGGUCACGCGCCCCCUUGGCGGUAUCGUCGGUGACGUGCUCUACCACUUUGGCAAGCAGAACCUGUGGCUCAAGAAGGGCUGGGUUUCGUUCUGCGGCAUCAUGACCGGCCUGCUCCUCAUCCUCAUUGGUCGCAUGAACCCCCAUGACGAGGCUACCAUGUUCGGUCUCAUCUUCCUCAUGGCCGUCUUCCACGAGGCCGGCAACGGCGCCAACUUUGCCCUCGUGCCUCACGUCCACCCCCAAGCCAACGGCAUCGUGUCCGGCCUGACAGGCGCCGGCGGCAACCUCGGUGGCAUCAUCUUCGCCAUCAUCUUCCGCUUCAUGGACAACGGCACCAACUACGCCAAGGGCUUCUGGGUCAUUGGCUGCAUGCACAUCGCCCUCAACGUGCUCGUGUCUUGGAUUCCCCCUCUGCCCAAGGGCCAGAUUGGCGGCCGCUAG